AUGGCGGACUUCGCGCUUGGGUUAGCCAAGACGGCGGUGGAGGGGACCCUAAGCAGGGUCCAAUCCGCGAUCGAUGAAGAGGACAAGCAGACGAAGGCGGCACAGCAGGACCUGGUGUUCAUCACCGGGGAAUUACAAAUGAUGCAAUCCUUUCUUAACGUCGCCAGUAAGGAGCGUGUCAGGAAUGAAGUGGUGAGGACCUGGGUGCGGCAGCUCCGUAACCUGGCCUUCGAUGUCGAAGACUGCGUCGAGUUCGUUAUCCACCUGGAUAACGACUCGACCUGGAAUUGGGUGUGGCGCCUGGUGCCGUCCUGCAUGGCACCACCUGGGACUCGGGACCUGGACAUGGCGGUCGCUGAGUUGAAGCAACUCAAGGCAAGGGUCGAGGCGGUGAGCCAGAGGAACACCCGCUACAAUCUCAUAAUCGACUCUGGCUCCGGUCCCAUCUUACAGUCACCGGCAGAGCAGCUGGCCACCACCAGCCAAUCAACAAUUGACAUCCUGAUGAAGCUAUGGGAGGCCAAUGGGAGGCACCACGAUUUUUGCAACCUCCAAAAGUUGAUUACCAAGGAGGGCAAUGACCUUCAAGUAAUUUCUUUGUGGGGAAGUGCAGGAUCUGAUAUUGAGGGGACGCAGAUCAUCAAUAAGGCUUACUGCGACCCAAAAAUCUGCCAGAUAUUCAAAAGUCGCGCCUGGGUAAAGCUGAUGCAUCCAUUUAACCCUGAUGAGUUCCUCAAGAACUUGCGGACUCAGUUACAAGCUAGCUCUCGGUUCUGCCAAGCUGUUGUUUUCAAGGGCAAGACUUCAGAAGAUGAACCCAUGAAGCAAUGGACUGAGCAGAGAUAUCUGGUCAUCCUCGAAGGAAUACCCAGUGUUGUAGAGUGGGAUAUCAUCAGAAUGCACCUGCCAGACAAUAACAAUGGUAGCCGGAUCAUCGUGUCCACCAAGCAGAUAGGGGACGCGAUUUUUUUCACAGGGGGGCAAUACCGAGUAUCAGUGCUCAGAAAGCUCCUUGGUGGUCAUUAUCUUUUUGCAUUUUUUAAGAAGCGUUCAGGUCGUCGAAAUGUCAUGGGCGACCUUAUUCGGCUACUAAGUUAUCCUGGUGUGAUCUCUGUUUGGGGGACUGGUGAUGACAAAUCAACUCUCGUCAAAGAACUGCUCGACCUCAUACCUAACGGGAAUGAAGAAAUAUUAAACCCUCAAGAAGCAGAAGGUAUAUUCUGCCUAUGGGCUGAUGUGGCCCAUCCAUUCAGUUUGGAAGACUUCUACCUGAGCUUGUUGCAGCCGUUCCUUGAGGAUGAUACUGAAUCCGACCAGGAUAGGCCGGAUCGAUUGAUUCGUCGGUUUCUUUAUCAAAACAACAUCCGCCAGUGCCUGGUAGUUAUUAACGGUCUACAGUCCACCAAAGAUUGGCAGUUGAUAAAAAGUGGUUUCCAAGAGAUAGGUGUUAAAGGUUAUAUUAUCAUUGUAACGAAUGAUGAAAGUGUGGCCACAAGUUGUGUAGGUGAUGAAAAUCGUGUGUUCAACGUCAACGACGUGGCCCUUCAUCCUUCCAUGCAGAUCCAUGACUAUUUGGACGAACUCUUUUGGCGACUACGACAUCGUCAAGUGAUCUCCGUUUUUGGGGCUAGCGGUGACACAACAACAAUCUUAAAACAAGUGUACGACGGCAUAAAGCAUCAGCAUGUGGGAUUCAACGAGGUAGAACAUUUUAAGUAUUACGUAUGGGUGGACGUACCCGAUCCAUUCAAUGAGGAUGAAUUCCGUCUGCGCCUUUCCACGGGAUUGUUUCCGGAUGUACAUGAGAUCGAGGAGCUCGCUAGAAGACUUCGCUGUACUUUUUUAAACAAUUGCAUUUUCUUUAUAAAUGGUCUGCAAUCCAUGGAAGAGUGGGAGUUGAUAAAACCAUGCCUCUGCUUGAGGAGUAGAGGUCGUGUCAUCCUUAUUGCAAAUGAAGAAAGUGUGGCCAAACAUUUUGUGGAACGUCUGGAAGCCAACACCACCAUUCGUCCCUGGACAAAGGCCUCUGACUACUAUGGAUGUGGAGAUAACAAGAAGGCUUCUCGGAGUAUCUUUCUACCCGACAGAACACAAAUAACACUGUUCCCUAGGUCUCAAGAAGAGGUGUCUACAAAGAUCUUCAGAAACAUUGAUCGUACUGGGGUCACCUCAGUAUGGGGCAUUGCCGGUGUUGGGAAAUCAUAUCUCGUGAGAAAAAAAUACAACUAUCUAACCUCUCCUCUCUCUGAAAGGAGGUUUGCAUGGGUCGAUCUGCCAGAUGGUCCGUUUGAUUUGGUGAAAUUUUCUCGGCUCUUACUUCUGAAUUUCAAUCGAUGUGAUCUUAAAGCCAUGGAAGCUGCAGCAAUUGGUAUUAUGCAGGGACAGGACCCAAUUCAAAGGUGCCGUGAAAUUCUGCGGCAAGGCCAGUAUGUCGUCAUUAUUGAUGGUAUGCGGUCCACAUAUGACUGGGACUUGAUUGAAACUGUCUUUGUAUCCCAGUCUACUGUAGAAGCCACAAUAGUUGUCAUCACAACUGAAGAAAGCAUCGCCAAACAUAUUGUCAAGCAGCAGGCAGAUCAAAUGAUCAAUGUCAAAUGUCUAGAAGAUGAUGAGGCCUACGCUAUCUUCAAAAAGAUUAUUGAUCCCGAGGAGCUGGCUAGUCUAAAUGAAAAGGUGGACCUUGCAAAACUUGUGGCCAAAUGUGGUGGGCUUCCGAAAGUAGUGUUUGCUAUAGGCAAAGACUCAGGGUCAUUCUUGGAGCAUAUGGAUGAUGACUUUAUGCUCAAAUUGGAAACCAGGCCUCAGUUCCAUACUUUGAGCGGUCUAUUAUCUUGGAUGCAUUCCUAUUUUGAUGCUUGUUCAGAUUUGGUAAAGCCAUAUAUCUUCUACAUGUCUGUCUUCCCUGCAAGCAGCAAAAUUAGGCGAGGCCGUUUAUUCAGGAGAUGGAUCGCCGAGGGCUACUCCAGAGACUCACCGGGUUGUACCGCAAGGGAGAAUGCGCAAAAGCACUUGUCUGAGCUUGUUAAGUUGAGCAUAAUCCGGCAAGCAACAAGCAAGGACACUUGUCAAGUCAACGGUUUCUUCCAUGAAUACAUCAUCUCGCGGCCAAUGGGGGAUAAUCUUGUUUUUGCAUUGGAUGGUUGUUCCAGUCUAAACACGCAAGGCACGGGACAACACCUGACCAUAAUGGAAGACUGGCACAGGGACCAAACUGUGUUUGAGAGCAUUGACUUCGCACGGCUGCGGUCUUUGACAAUAUUUGGGGAAUGGUGUUCAUUCUUUAUCUCCGACAAGAUGAAGCGGCUUCGAGUGCUGGACCUAGAAGAUAUGAUAGCUGUUACAAAUGAUGAUAUUGAGCAGAUCUUUGUGAAGCUGUUGAGACUCAAGUUCAUCUCGCUACGAGGAUGCAAGAAGAUUAGUCACCUGCCGGAUACAUUGGGAGGGCUGAGGCAGCUACAGACUCUUGAUGUAAGAUUCACCGCCAUAGUCAUGUUGCCAUCUGCUAUCAUCAAGUUACAGAAGUUGCAAUACAUCUGUGCUGGUAGAGAUCAAGAUUGGACAUCGGCAUCAUUAGAAGACGGCGAUGGGCUCACAAGCCAACUACCAACAGCAACAUCACCAGAGAUAGAAGGUCGAGAUAGCAGCAUGUCUGCAGGUCAGCCAGCAGUAAAAACAUCUCCUGAAAAUGGCAUUUCCGUAAGCCCAGCACAGGCAGCAACAAUACCAAAAGCCAAGUUUCCACCUCGGUUGCCCAAGUUUCCACCUGUUACGUGGAGCUUGUGUGGGUCUGAGAGAAAGAAAGAGGCCCAACAUCAUAGUGCUGGUGUUGAAGUACCUGUAGGGAUUGAAAAACUUCCGGACUUGCAUACUGUUGGUGUGGUGAAUGUCAAUGCAGCAGGUGGGGAGGCCUUUCUGAAGAAGCUCAAAAUCCAAAAGCAAUUGUUCAAGCUAAGAGUGUGCGGCAUCAAUAAGAAAAACUGGCGGCUGCUGUGUUCUGCCAUCUCGGAACAUGGCAAUCUGAAAUCCUUGUCAGUGCGAUUCGAUGAUGAUUGCAUCGACGAUAGAUUCAAUCCACCCAAGACCCUAAAGAGCCUUAAGCUGUACGGGCCUAUAAGGAAAUUGCCGGUCACUAUCAAGGCUCUUGUCAAUCUCAAAAAGUUGGAUCUUGAGAUGACUAUUGCAAGGGCAGAUGACAUACACUUAUUCUUGAAAGAAAAAUUGCCACGUCAAGAUAUCCUAAAUCGCCUCUGCAUCAAGGUGCAAGAAGACCAUGAGCUAGAUUUUGACUCAUCGCAAUUCGACUACUUCGAUCAAGAUGAUAAUGAUUAUUUCCAUCCUCGGGUCCUCAAGAUGGAUUGCAGCUCAAAGAUAACUGUAAUUUUCAGAUGUAGCACAUUCGUUGAUGUUAAGGUGCUGUUCAUCCAGUGCUCUAAAGGAUCAUCUUUCAGGGUUUCUGGGAAAUAUGGGCUAAGCCCUCUAGAACAUCUCAAGACAGUUUGGCUUAAGGGUUCUUACAGCGACGAACAACAGGAGCACCUGAAGGAACUCGUUGGCCGUCAUUAUUGCAAGACAGCCAUACUGAAGUUGGAGCCACUGUAA